AUGGCCCGGAUAGGCAUAUGUAACGCGAUGCAGAGCGGCAAUAGCAUCUACCAAAAGGUCGCCGCCGCCGUUCUCUUCGUAUUCGUUCUUGCCUUCCUGUUGUCAACACCCUCUCUGUCUUUCUCGAGGUCUACGAGCCCUAGCCCCCGAGAAAUUGCAGCAAACUCGACCCUGGGGUUUGAGAAGAUCCUAACGGUCUCUAUGAAACCGAGCUGGCCAACUCGCGGGUUGCUGGCCACUGCAGCGCACACCGGUCUAGAAAUCACUGUCCCAGAACAGCCCUACAACUCGAAUGAUCUCGUUUUCAGCUUUCGAGGCUCUAGGUCCUGCCGACGUGCGCAACCAGGACAUGGCUCGGCUCGAGCAUGGCUGGCCCAUCUUGACAUGAUGAAAUACAUUGUUGCGUCUGGCCUCAACAGUACGUUCGUUAUUGAAGACGAAUUGGACUGGAACACGGCUAUCCACGAGCAAAUGAAGUUGGUUUCUGAUAAUGUGACGGAACCGGACACGGAGAGACUCGAGUACUACGACGACUCGCUCAUGGCCACCGAAGACUACGCGGGAUUUUCCAAGAAAUUCCUGGUCAACGUCGCUCAGGAUCACCGUUCCGUGCAGAAGUUGGUGAUGACGGUGUGCACGUUUUGCUAUGGGAUCAGCCGGCGCGGGGCACGAAAUAUUCUCAAGGCGCUGAGCAGCGGUCAGGACGAGGAUUUUGACGAAGGCACCGGCUACAUCUGCCCUAACCGGGAAGGCAACGGGUUGGGCAAGUAUGCAGAGGACGGCGUCUUUGAGAAUCUCAUUGGCACCACAGCGAACAUGUAUAACAGUGCUCGAUGUGAGGGACUGUUCAACGCCAGGUGCCCGCAGCCGCCGUCGGACCGAAUGCCUGCGGGUGAGCCGCAUCAGGACCGAGCAGGGUUUCGCCUUGUCGUGCGAUGA